UAAGCCAUCCUCUACUGAAAGAACAAAGCCCCAUAUAUGAAUUCACAUUGACAUCUUGGCCAGCAAAAUGCCCUCUCGAUGGUCCCUAGCUUUGUUUCGAUACCUCCAAUAACUCCAUCUUCCUCCGCUAAGGCACCGUUGAUUCCGACGUACAUGGCGGAGAGUACUACUCCCAGCGUGGUUUCACUCCCCGACUCAUGCCGCGAAGAAGAUGCCGGCUCUGCAUUCGUUCUCGAAUCUAAAGGGACGUGGUGGCACGCGGGGUUUCAUUUGACGACGGCGAUAGUUGGGCCGACGAUUCUGACUCUACCGUAUGCGUUCAGAGGGCUAGGAUGGGGUCUAGGGUUCUUGUGCUUGUCUGUGAUGGGAAUCGUCACAUUCUACUCUUACUAUCUUAUGUCGAAGGUGCUGGAUCACUGCGAGAAAUCAGGUCGCCGUCACAUCAGAUUUCGCGAACUCGCCGCCGACGUUUUAGGGUCUGGAUGGAUGUUCUACUUUGUAAUAUUCGUUCAAACGGCAAUAAAUCUUGGAGUUGGAAUAGGAACAAUUUUGCUUGCAGGGGAGUGCCUUCAGAUUAUGUACUCAGAACUGUCUCCCAAUGGACCCCUGAAAUUGUACGAGUUCAUAGCAAUGGUGACGACAGCAAUGGUAAUUCUCUCACAACUCCCAACUUUCCACUCUCUCAGAUACCUCAACAUGGGUUCGCUACUUCUGUGCUUGGGCUACUCUUUCCUUGUCGUUGGUGCUUGUAUUCGUGCAGGUCUCUCGAAAAAUGCCCCUCAUAGAGACUACUCCUUAGAAACUUCUAACUCAGCAAGGGUCUUCAGUGCUUUCACUGCCAUCUCAAUAUUAGCUGCCAUUUUCGGGAAUGGCAUACUCCCUGAGAUACAGGCUACUGUGGCUCCACCAGCUACUGGGAAAAUGUUAAAAGCGCUUCUGAUGUGCUACACUGUCAUUUUUGUUACAUUCUAUUCAACUGCAGUGUCGGGGUACUGGGCAUUUGGAAACAAAUCGAAUUCAAACAUUCUCAACAGCCUAAUGCCGGAUUCUGGACCUUCCUUGGCUCCAACAUGGGUUCUUGGUCUUGCAGUUAUAUUUGUUCUGCUUCAGCUCCUCGCUAUUGGCCAAGUCUAUUCUCAAGUAGCCUAUGAAAUAAUGGAAAAGAAAUCAGCUGAUGUUAAUCAAGGGAUGUUUUCGAAAAGGAACCUUAUACCUCGGAUGAUUCUUCGGACUCUGUACAUGAUAUUCUGUGGAUUUAUAGCAGCCAUGAUUCCAUUCUUCGGGGACAUCAGCGGUGCGGUUGGUGCUAUCGGCUUCAUCCCUCUAGAUUUCGUCCUCCCAAUGCUUCUGUAUAACAUGACAUACAAGCCUCAAAAGUCAUCCCUAACGUAUUGGAUCAAUAUGUCCAUUAUGGUUGUGUUUACUGGUGUUGGAAUUUUGGGUGCUUUUUCUUCUGUUAGAAAGUUGGUUCUUGAUGCCAAAAGGUUCAAGCUGUUUGGCAGUGAUGUGGUAGAUUAAGAUAGCCAUCUAAUCCUGCAAAUUGUAGAUAUGCCAUUCAAAAAAGAGAUUGUUGAUGCACCAUUCAAAGAGAGAUUGUGCUAUUGGAGAUUCAGAUGAAAUAUUACCCCGAAUGUUGUACAACACAUUUUAUCUUACUCGA